UUAUUCUCUUGCUUUAUUGUUUUGCAAAUUGGUGGCUGUGGUCUUAAUUUAAUUUUUUAAUGAAUUUAACGAAAUUUGGUACCUUCUACCGUAUGUUACCAAAUUUCCAACAUCAUUUUAUACUUAAAAUGCCACGACAUGCUCAGACGCAACAUGGUGACGCGACGGUUGAUGAAGAAAACAUUGUGCUCUUAAAAAACGCAAUCUAUCAAACUGUGCCUAGCACUGAGCCUUUAACAUGCACGUGGUUUUAUAAUGUAGAUCCCAAUGCAGUGCCUGUUCGCAACUAUGUAACAGCUAUCGUAAGUCAAGAUCUGAAAAUCGCACUUCCUGAAAAGAGAAAAGCGGAUAAUACGGAACAAGUUGAUGCCUUAAAGAAAGCCAGACUGGAAACUAAGGCACUCAAAGCAAAGCGCCCUGGAUUCUCCGAUGACCGUUAUGAGGAAACAUCUUAUUAUUUUGAGAAUGGCUUACGUAAAGUUUAUCCAUAUUACUUUACUUUUACAACCUUCACCAAAGGACGGUGGGUGGAUGAGAAAAUAUUAGAUGUAUUUUCACGUGAAUUUCGCGCUCAUCCACCUGAGGAAUAUAAACGCAGCAUACUGACUGGAUCUUUGAAGGUUAAUUACGAAUGUGUGCCAGUGGACUAUAAAUUAAAACAUAACGACUUACUGUCGAAUACGGUUCAUCGGCAUGAAGUACCUGUUACAGAUCAAGCUAUCACCAUAGUGCAUAUGGAUGAGGAUAUUGUUGUUAUAAACAAACCCGCUUCAAUACCUGUUCAUCCGUGUGGUAGAUACCGACAUAAUACUGUUGUAUUUAUUUUAGCUAAGGAAUAUAAUUUAAAGAAUUUACGCACAAUUCAUCGUUUGGAUCGAUUGACAUCCGGCUUACUACUCUUCGGUCGCACGCCUAAGAAGGCUAGACUACUUGAGCAGCAAAUAAGAAAUAGAGACGUUGAAAAGGAGUAUGUGUGCCGUGUAGAAGGAAAUUUCCCUGAUGGUAUCAUUGAAUGCAAGGAACCCAUUGAAGUUGUCAGUUAUAAGAUUGGUGUUUGCAAAGUAUCGCCAAAAGGCAAAGACUGCUCCACAACUUUUGAAAAAAUCAGUUACAAUGGCACCACAAGUGUUAUAUUAUGUAAGCCUUUGACCGGAAGAAUGCAUCAAAUUCGUGUUCAUUUACAAUAUUUAGGAUAUCCUAUUAUAAAUGAUCCUUUGUAUAAUCAUGAAGUAUUCGGACCACUCAAAGGUCGUGGCGGCGAUAUUGGCGGACGUACUGAUGAAGAACUAGUAAAAGAUUUGAUUCAUGUACAUAAUGCAGAAAAUUGGUUAGGUGUUGAUGGAGAUUUUGGAAGUGAAGGACUAAUAUUGCAAAAACAUGAUCAUAUAGAAAAUGGUGACAAAGAAGUUGAGACAGUCUCAGAAACUUCUACUAUAGUUAAUAAUGAUCUUAAUAAAAUUGAUAAACCCCUCCUUGAAGAAGAGGAGAAAGGACAGACUAAUAGAGUGUCAGUUGGUACACAAACCGGCCAUGAUCCACCUGAUACUGCAUAUAAUAAAGAAAAAGCAACUGUGGAUGAACAUUGUUAUGAGUGUAAAGUGCGUUUUAAAGAUCCUAAACCUAACGAUUUAAUUAUGUAUUUACACGCGUGGAAAUAUAGAGGUCCUGGUUGGGCGUAUGAGACAGAAUUACCAAACUGGGCAAAUAAAGAUUGGAGUGAAACAUCUGUUGAAUAAAUAAAAGUUAUUGUGGGUUUCCAACCUUCUACGCCUUAAGUCAUUCUUGUAUAAACAUUAGAUGAAUAUUAGGAACACUUUUAUACAGUUUAUACUGGUCAAGUAGUUUUUAUUAUUGACGUGUAAGUUUAUGAAGAGUUACUUUAAAAACAAAUUCAGUAAAUUAACUAAGCAUUUAAUUUCAUUGUGAAAUAAUGAAGUGCUCUAAAUUCUGUAUGAACGAAAACAGUUAAUUCAAUGUUACAUAUAAUUGUAAUAUAUAAACAUUCUUAAAUAUUUGUUAUAACAAUGAAUUGUGUUAAAUUCAAAUAACGAAAAACAAAAUAUAAUAUUUGUGUCUGCGGAACAAUCAUUUAAAAAUUAAGGUUUUAUAGA